AAGCAAGCAAGUACUUUUCCCUCGAGCCUGAGCGCGUCGAUUAUCGAGGAAAAACAACAAACGUCUCUUCACAUGAUCAAAAGUCCCCAACAUUUUAACCAGCAGAAAACCUUGCGUCAAAGAAACACACAAGAAAGCCCCAGCACUACAACCAUAAGCCAAAGCCAAAAAUAUAAACGAAAACUAUAA